UGAGCUGUCAGAAGGAAUAGAGCGUCCCGGGUGAGCACAGCGCCGUACUCAGCACUUUCCCGCCUUCUCCAGCUCCUGUCAGGCGGCCGUCACCCCCCGCUCUCCUAUCCGGUCUCAUGUGCUCCCAGAUGGAGCAGCCUUUCUACCACGACGACUCCAUGCUGUCCGCUUACUCCCGGCCAGACCCGUCCUUCCUGAAGCACAGCCUGUCCUCCUUCAACGAGCAGUACCGGAGCCAGAAGCCGGAGCUGUCCUACUACAUGGAGCAGCCGAGCCUGAAGAUGUCCGCCCCGGAGCUGGAGAGGCUGAUCAUCCACAGCGGCCCCGGCGUCAUUAACAGCGCGCCCGGGGGGCAGCUCCUCUACCGGGGCGGCACGGAGGAGCAGGAGGGCUUCGUGGACGGCUUCGUCAGGGCGCUGGACGAUCUCCACAAGAUGCACCGGGACGUGCCGCCGAACGUGUCCCUGGCGGGGGGGACCGCCACCCCGGUCAGCAACCCCGGCCUGUACGGGGGAGACCCGGCCAUCUACACCAACCUGUCCGCCUACAACUGCUACCGCCAGCCGUCCGCCACCAUCAGCUACCUCCCGCAGGCGGCGGCCAGCUACGGCCCUUCCCCGGUCUUCAAGGAGGAGCCGCAGACGGUACCGGACGCCGGCGGCAGCCGAGACAGCACUCCCGCCCCGAUGUCCCCCAUCAACAUGGAGGAGCAGGAGAAGAUCAAGGUGGAGAGGAAGCGCCUGCGGAACCGCCUGGCCGCCACCAAGUGCCGCAAGCGCAAGCUGGAGCGCAUCUCCCGCCUGGAGGACAAGGUGCGGGAGCUGAAGAGCGAGAACAGCGGCCUGAGCGGCACCGCGGGGGCUCUGCGGGAGCAGGUGGAGCAGCUGAAGGGCCGGGUGCGGGAGCAUGCCAGGCACGGGUGCCAGCUGCUGCUGGGCGGCAAGGGCCACUCUGUCUUCUGAGGGCGCCCCCUGCUGUCUAAGGACUGACCUGCACUAUCAGAGCCCAGCAGCGCCCCCUGCUGUCUGCCCGAUCUAUAGACUCGGCCCCCUGCAGGCUAUAGACUGAUCUACAUCUAAUGGGCAGCUGUGCCAGGGGCUGAUG